AUGGACCUGCUCCGCGGCACGCGCCUCGGGGCGCCGAUGAGCGCUCUGCAGCUGAGCCUGGAGGCGCUGCACCUGGCGCCCACGGCUCCGGAUAGCAUCCCGUCUCAGCCGUUCGUGGACGGGGACCCGUUCGUGAUCGACAAGAUCCCCCACGUCUUAUUCUCAGGUGGUCACGAUAAGGCGGAGCAUCUAUUCCGGGGACAUCCAAGCGGAGAUUCAGGCACCACGUGCAUAUGCGUCCCCGCCUUCAAUCGGCAGCCCGCGGUGGUCUUCGUGAACUUGCGGGACCCCCGGGACGUGCGCGUCCACGAGCUCGGUGACGUCACGAUGCAGGAUGCGUGCUGA